AACUUNAAUGGACUUUUAUGACGUAUUCAAGGAUGGAUCAAUUCUUUUUAUGAGAACAACGAGAGAGGUAGAAUGGGAUGCAGUGGAGAUCCAAACUCUAUUGAUAUUGAGUUUUGGAGCGCAAGUCAUUUGUACCUUCUUUGGCAAUCGUAGAAAGUACCGCCUAAGAUCCUUGAGCCGAUUGGUUCUUUGGUUAUCCUACUUAACGGCAAGUCCUAUGGUAACAUUGCUCCUUGGCAAGCUUUCUGGAAUAGCUGUCACGGCUUAUGAUGUGCAAGGAUCUUAUGAGCUACUGCCCAACGACAUAUAUGGAGAAUAUGGGUACCUAGUAAAUUCGUGGGCACCGUUGCUUUUGGUGCAAAUUUGUAGCCCAAACAUAAUUUCCUACUCGGUUGAAGAUAAUAAGCUAACGUUGAGGCAAGCUUUUGGACUAACCAGCCAAAUAGCCAUAGCACUUUGGAUCUUUUAUCAAUCACUAUUUGUAGAGGAUGCACCCUACACCACAGCCCUAUCUUUGUAUGUAGCUGGAAUAAUCAAAGUUGGUGAGAGACUCCGAGCUCUCUGGUCAUUAAGUAAUAGUGAAAACGUGGUGAUAACUAGUUUUGCAAAUAGUGAUAUUCGAAAAGUGGAAAACACAAUUAAUCCUAGCUCUUGUUCCAAUAAUAUCGUAAGUGGAAUUUAUUCUCAUGAUUUGUCUUUGCUUGUGAAGGCUUAUCAACGCUUUGAUAGAUUGUCAAUUUAUCUUCCUUCAAUGAGUGUAGACGACUAUCUGCCUGAGGAUGUUUUUAGAAUCACAGAAUUUGAACUUAGCUUUAUGUAUGAUGUGCUCUACACCAAGGCACUCAUUAACUAUUCUAAGAUAAGUUUUUGUGGUCGCAUCAUUUUCAUACUUAUUCUAAGCUUUGCUUUGUAUACGUUACGGCAUGACGAAGUAGAUAGCAUCAUUACCAUUGUGUCGUUAGCGGGAGCUAUUGUGCUUGACCUUUAUUUGAUCAUGGAACUUUUGUUCUCGGAUUGGGCGAUACUUCAUCUGAUGAAACAAAAUAGGGGUGCAUUGACCAGAAGAUUGUUCAUAAUUGUUGCUCCCAAGAUUCCAAUUAAGAGGCAUAGGUGGUCACAUUGCAUGGAUCAAUUCAACUUACUAAGUUAUUGUCUCCAUGAAGAGCCUACAAAGCUUGGUAGGUUGAUUAGGAGAAUUCUCAAGAUCAAGGGCUACUACAAGGAGUACAAGAAGUCUUGUGUUAAGAAAGAUAUUCAAGUCCCUGAAGAGUUGAAGAAAUUGUUACUACAACAAAUGGAAGAGGUAAGAGCACAAAGAGGCUGGCAAUCUUUCUCCAAAAUGGGGGAAUGGGCGCUUGAAAGAUGUAAUUGUCUCCCAGAUUUCGAAUGGAGUAUUCAAACAGAUUUUGGCACCCAAGCUAACAAGCAAACCAAUUUUGGCAAAGCCAUUAUCAUAUGGCACAUUGCUACAAAUCUUUGCUACUCUUUAGAUGAUGGUCAACCACAAGGUAGCAGAACUCACUCGCAAUGUGAAAUGAGUAAAGUUUUAUCAAAUUAUAUGAUGUAUCUUUUGGCCAUGCACCAUGAUAUGUUAUCUAUUGUCACCGGUGACAUUCUCUUUCAAGGUGUUUGUGCUCAAAUAGGUGAAUUUUUGAAGAUAAAACAGUCAAAGGAUGAAGCCACAUUAUGCAGGAUUUUAGUAGAAGAACUUGUGGAUGAAAAUUAUUUCCAAGGAAUUCCCAAAAACAAUGUGUUAACAUCAGACUGGAAUGUGCUCUUUCAGGUUCAAAAGUUGGUUGGAAAACUGCGAGAGAGAGAAGAUAGAUGGAGAAUAAUAAGUAGUGUUUGGGUGGAAAUGUUGUUUUGUGGGGCUAGUAAUUGUCCUUGGACUCUCCAUGCAGAGCAACUUAGACGAGGUGGAGAAUUGCUCACUCAUGUUUGGCUUCUGCUUAAGCAUGAGAAAGAUAAAUCCGAUAUUCUUUCUCGUGAAUUGCAUUCUGUGGCUUAAGAGUGUUGUAUUAUGUGU